GUGCAGACAGUGUGGUGGCCGAGUGUGGCCACAUCUGGCCUCUUUUGUACGACUAUUUUCUGACUUAACCCUUUACCUCGGGAAAAUUUGUUCUAAGGACCUCGAAACAUCUCCUAAUUUCGAGCGCCAUUUUUUCAAAACAUCGAAAAAUAAAUGUGAAGUGACAGUUGACAUUCUAUUUAUUUUUCUGUUGACUCGCUCCUGAACUCCAUCUCGAUUCAGUCUCACGCGUGUGCCACCAGUUGCUCAUUGCAUAACAGUGAAUCUUUAUCCAAUAGAGUUUCCAAAAAAUUUUUCAAAUAAUAAAAAAUAUACAAUUUUCUGCUAUUUUUUUUUUAUAGCAAUCAAUAUAUUUGUUUAUUUGUUUUAUCGACCGUGUUGUGCAUUACUAUUGUUUUAUUUUAACAAAAUACUUGGGCGGCGUGAUACUCUGCUGGCCUCUGUCGAACAGAGGAUAUUUUUUAGUGACAUCUUAAAUCUGUUGCGUGAGUGGUUACAUGCUGGCAGUCAUAUGUAGUUAUGUACUGUAUUAUAUGUACGUAGACUACGUAAUAAGAUAGAAUCAUCUGGUCUGGUAGUGGUGUAACUACAGCUCCGGUGCUUUAAAUUACCAUUUGAGUUAAGUGCAAUAAUUUAUGGAUCUAUGAAUAUCAAAUAACCUAUAGUAUUAAAUUUUUCAAAAACUACCGCGUUUUUUGAUAAUUUGAUAGCAGCAAAGUGAUCAUUAUUGAUCGGGAUAAUUUUUCAGAAAUAAACAGAGGGUAGAAGGUACUGGAGAGAAAAGACUGAAUAUGGCGGCAGGAACGUGUCCUACCUGAAGAUUAAUAAAAAACAACCAGGAUGGUGUUGGUGGUAAACGGAGUCCUGCAAGAGGAGGCUCCGAUAAACAGCCGAUCACUUUAUGGAGCGCAUCCAAUUUAUCGUGAGACAGCUGCUCAAUUGCAUUCGAUGCCCGCUAAAUUAGUGGGUCCAGUGGGCCUUCUCUAUGUACAGCAACGAGAAAUGGCCGCAACUCUUCCACAUGAUAAGAACGUGAGUAUUCUUGGCUCAGACGACAUGACCACGUGUAUAAUUGUCGUUGUUAGACAUUCUGGAUCGGGUGCUGUUGCGCUGGCACAUCUUGAUGGUGCUGGUACUGAAGAUGCUGCAGCUGCGAUGGUCCAGAGGGUGACGGAACUCGCACUGGGUUUUCCUGAAGGCCGAGUUGAGCUACAGCUCGUUGGUGGUUACUCUGAUCCACGAAAUUACUCUGAAGAAUUAUUUUACAAUAUUUUAUCUGCCUUUCACAAGCAACCUAUCGAGAUCGACCUGACACUUUGCUGCGUGGGCGAGCUUAAUACGACAGUGAGAGGAGGAAUCCAUUGGCCCGUAAUAUAUGGAAUUGGGCUGAAUGUCAAGACCGGUGAGAUAUUCCCGGCAACGUUCCCGGACAAGGGCCCAGACCAGGCUUUGAGGUCGGCGAGGCAUUUGACAGGUGGCCAGCAAGUUCUAGAUGUUUACGAUUGUGGACUUGGACUCUUGAGAAUUGGACCUUUCAACUACGACCCACUUCGUGGAGUUGAUUUGUGGCUGGCGCAGUCCGAUCAGUUUAUUUUACAACAUCUGUCUACUUCACCAGAUGUUGAACCACCUCAUUUUGUUUCUCAAAUAAGAGCAACAUUAAAAUAUAUACAAGACAAUCAAUUUCCGGCUGUGACAGUCUUCCGAGAUAAUAGGCCUCAUUACUAUCGCAGAGAUGAAACAACAGGAGUUUGGCAGCCGAUACGAUACGAUACUAAUUUUUAAUAAUUAUAAAUAAAUUGCGUUACUCGUGCAAUAUUUACAUACAAUUUAUUUG